GUGCUGCAACUUUGCGCAGCAGCCGCAGCUCUUGAGUUGUGAAAGCUCUCCUCUCCCUCUCACACGGCGCACAAAGGCAGCUGCCGCCGGAGGAGUAAUAAACAGUCUCCAGUAGAGAGAUAGCGAGGCGCAGAAGCUCAAGGAAGCUGCACGGACGCAAUCGCGUGACUCCGCUCUGCCAGUGUUUUCCUCCUGGGUUUCUGCUUCAGGCCAGGUCGCACAGAUUUCUGUUGGUCAUUCCACUGUGAAACACCUUCAGAGGAUAAGAGGAGAAAAGUACUAAGUGACCACAUUUUAUUGCACCAUAAACGGUUAUCAAGAACCUAUGGUCCUAAAGAGCAAGAAUAAUGGAGCGAUCCCAUUUUACUUACAGGAAAACAUCACGCUAUUUAAGAAAGCAGCAUCAUCCUUUAAGUAAAAACGAUCCAGAUUUAGAGGAAAACAAGCUACGAACCCAAAGGACUCCUCUGAAAGACAAGUGCUGUCAAACAGAUCAUCAUCAUCAUGGGUGCUGUGAGCCAGCCUAUGUUGUAGAGCCUGGAGAUCCUCCAUUAUUGCAAAAACAACUGCAAACAUCAAAGUCUGGCAUCCAGCAAAUCAUUGAAUGUUUUCGUUCAGGGACUUCACAGCUGAAGAACAUUUUAUUGAAAGAAGUAGAUACCAUCUUUGAAUGUAAGCUCUGUCGUAGUCUUUUCCGGGGAUUGCCAAACCUUAUCACGCACAAGGAAUUCUAUUGUUUCCCGAAGAUUACUGACCCUCCUGUUUCAAAUGAUAAACAGAGCCAAGCCAUACGAGAUCUUUUGGAUGCUAUAUACCCAAGAAAGGACCAGCAGGAAUUUGUUGUGAGACUAGAACCUAUAGAGACUAACAGAAAUGCUGUUUAUCAGUUUGUUACUAAAGAUGAUGACAAUGAGCAGCAGCUAGAAAAAUGUGUCCAGAAUGUCGUUGAAUUACGUGAAGAUGAACCUGCUUUAGAGAUAAACCAGAUACAGUUGCCUCCAGAUGUAGAAAUUGUAGAGCCAGUUGCUGUUGAGGAUGUUCCAGAGGAAGAAGAAAUUAUUCUUGGAGAUGAUGCAACAGAGACUGAACUAUCACCUGAUGAGACCUCAAACUGUGAUGGCACAGGUCCCCAUGUGCCUUGUUGUAUCUGUGGAAAAGAUUUCAAUUCCAAGCGCAGUGUGCGUCGUCAUAUUAGAAAAGUACACAAGAAAAAGAUUGAUGAAAUAAAAAAUCACAUUGACUCAAAGAAAGAAAAUUCCAGCCGUCUUCCUGGUACAAAAGGACGCCCAAGAGGAACCACAAAUGGGAGGAGCUGCCCUGUUUGUCAUAAGUCAUUUGCAACCAAAGCCAAUGUUCGUCGUCAUUUUGAUGAAGUGCAUAGAGGACUCAGGAGAGACUUAAUUACUCCUGAUAUUGCUACAAAGCCUGGACAGCCCUUGUCUCUUGAUUCUAAUAUUUCACCUCAGAAGUUUUCAUCUUUAGCACGAAGGAAAAGGUCUUCUAGAGCUGAAUACAAUCUUACUACUUGCAAAUGUCUGCUGUGCAAACGAAAGUACACAUCACCGCUUAUGCUGAAGAGACACAUGAGAAUAGUCCACAAGAUGAUAAGAUUAGAAAAAAGCACAAAUGGUGCAAGUAGCAAUUCAGAAAUAAACCAGAAAGAGCAAACACCUGGUACAACUGAGCAACCUGCUGAAUCGUCUAAUCAAGAAGUGACACUGCCCCUACAGAAUGAUACAAAGCCAGUUGGGCAGCCUCUAGAGAAAAAAAAUACUCCACUGAUUUCGAAGACUAAAGUUAAACAGGAAAAUGAUAGUCCAAAGUCUUCUAGCUCUAUUUCAGCAGUAAGCCAGACAAAGAUUAGGAAGCCUAAACUUUCAGUGGGGUUUGACUUCAAACAGCUUUAUUGCAAGCUUUGCAAACGGCAGUUCACAUCCAAGCAGAACUUGGUAAAACAUAUUGACCUACAUACAGAUGGUAAUGAUAUUUAUAUAAAGUUUUAUAGAUGUCCACUUUGCUCAUAUGAGACUCGACGUAAAAGAGAUGUCAUAAGACACAUUACAGUAGUACAUAAGAAGUCUUCACGAUACCUUGCUAAAGUUACUGCUAACCUCGAGAGUAGAGCUGUGAAAAAACCUAUUGAGGUAGUACUAAACACAGUGGUGAAAAGAGGCCCUCAAAGAGAUUUGAAUGCAAAAAGUGAUGGUAGUUCAAGCUCACCCACUGCCCGUAAGCGAGAAGCAUUGGAGACUGGGAAUGAAGUAAAAUUAACAAAAAACUUUUCAUUGCAUACAUGUAAUAAAUGUGGAAAAGCCUUUGCCAAAAAAACAUAUCUGGAGCAUCAUAAGAAGACACACAGGGCAGGAGCAUCAUGCUCUCCUGAAGAUGGUAAAACCAAAGGUCGGAGUACACGAUCAAAAGCCUUUUUUUGAUACCUCCAAUUAAUGCACAGAGUGUUUGCACUGGAUUCUGAUUUGCUGAAAGAAAUGGUAGGAAAAUCACUUGGAGCGCAACAGCCAAGAUUCAAGGAUCAGCUGAAAAGACGAGUGAAGAAUUUCAUCUGUAUGCUAUCUUAAAAUUGUUACAAUGUAAAUUAAGUGUUAGAUUUACAGGUUUCUGUACAGAAUUUUUUAAGUAAUUGCACUAGGCUUCUUGGGUUGUUAUGCUCAUGUUUGCUGCUGUUUUUAGGAGAGAUGGUCAUUGUACUGUCAAGGCUUAGCCAAAGGCAGAAUAGAUUUUUUGUUUUUAUUUCAUGAUACAAACUGUCUGCUUAUAUAUAAUACAGCAGGAAAAUAGGAUGUACAGCGAUGUAUUAUUUUGUAAGGAUCUCCAUAUAUUUCUUUUUGUAUAUUUGGUAUAUAAUGAAUAAAUAAGAGAUCACAUUUAUUUAAAUGGGUGAUUUUGGACUUGGCAGGAUACAAUUUGGUUUUAUGAAUCUUUGCUCAGAAGCUGAGCACUGUGUUUUUAUUUUUAAACUAGUUACACAUGGUGUUUUUUUAAAUUGGAAAAACUGGAAGGAUAUUUUAUGACUAAGUAUUACUAUCGGAGCACUAGAAUUUAUUUUACUGGCCAGUGCUGGUCAUAUUAGGUUUAAUCUGUAUAAAGAUUAAGUUCGGAAGACUAGUUUAAAUUUGCAAGAAGAUUUUAUCACUUGUAGUCGCAGAUGUAAUCUUUCACGUAUGAACAGAUGGCAUCUUUAAAGUAUAAUAAUUAAUGAAGACCUUUCUAACUUUGUUAGGUUUUUUUCCAUCUCAGUAUAAAAUAUAUUUUAGAGUGUUUUUUAACUAAGGGUACUUACAACAUUUAUUGGGUGUAUUAUGUGAUGUCCAUAUAAAAACAACUAGAAAAUUUUACGGGAAAAGUAAAAGUGGGUGGGUGAUGAGACAUUAACUGUGAAUGAAAAAGCUGUCAAGCUAGACAGUAUAAAUAAAAAUUCCCUGGUUGUAUUUUAAAAAAGGCAAGCUUGUUAGGCAUGUGAAUUUAUAAAUUCCUAUUUUCAAUAGCUUUCUGCAGUACCUCAUAUUUUGUUAUUGUUGAUUCACAUUGUGUUGUGAUAUUAUUGCUCAAGGGUGUUUAAAACUCACUUUGGUCUGCUUUAAAUAGUUACACGAAAAUCAUAUAAAUUAAGUUGAUAUGCUAAGCACUAGAGGUACUUACCUUAAACAGCCUUCUGCUACGUUUAUAAGUUGAUGCCUAAGCUAUUUAGUUUUUUCUAGCCUUUUUUGGAUCAUUGGAGAGGUGGACAGUUGAAGCUACAGUUGGCCGUGUUUGGCCAUUGUGUCAUCUAAUGCUCAUUCUAGCCAACUUCUUAAUCAGAGACAAUUUCCCAUUUAUUUAUUUUUUUAAAUCCACACUCUUAAUUAUGCUGCUUUUUUCUCUGGUGUUUGUGGAAGAGUUUGUUUCUGUAGGAAAUAACUUAGUGAGAGAGAUGGGUUUUGCACUAAAUCUGAAAUAGGAUUUUAAAAAGUUGAUCAAGUCUGUCAUGUGGCCAAGCGGUGAAGACUUUGGCCUGUACAGUAGAGCUCCAGUUGCAACCACUGACUCGCCUUGAUCAAGUCUCUUCUGAUUGUGCUCAAGAAAAUCAUAUUGAAAACUAAAAUAAACAUAUACAGUAAAUGGCUUUGAGAUCACACUUGCUGUAGGAGGGCUUUUGUUUAGUGUGAUAGGGACUAAUUUGCACCUUUUGUCUAUAUAAUACAACUUAGGCAUUACUAAACAUUUUGACUAUGAAUAUGUACGCACUUAGCCUGAAAGUUCAAAGGGCAAAAUACUGUCCCUUUUUUUUUUUGUGUGUGCUUGAAAAUAUUGGAAAAUUUGUAGAAAUUUUAAAACUAACAUGCAUCCAUGAGUCAAUUUUUUAUUUAUUUAUUUAUUUUUUAGGGCGUUCCCCAUGCUUUGCAUGUAUGGUACAGCUUACACAAAUAUGUAUUCUUAAAACUAUAGCCCAGAUAUUGUCUUGAUUAAGGUCUUGGAGCAUGUCAGUGAUAAGCCUGGAUCCUGGUUUGCUGCCUAGCUUCCUGCCUGCUAGAACUUAUUUCCUCCCAGGCAUGAGUUGAAAAAGAAAUGAAAAGAAUGUUUAUCUAAAUGUGUGAAACAAGCCAUCUGAUUAAGGCUUUGGUUGAAAUCUUUUAACCACAGUAACAUUAAAGAUUAAAUCACCUCACCUUGCUGUAUCCCACUAUAUAUAUAUUCUCAUUGACCAGGACUCAAUGACCCAAGUAUCACUAAACUGCAGCUGCCAUUUUGCUUAUGGCAUCUAAUCAUUUUAAAAGUAGUUUUGUCUGACCUCUGCACAUAGACACGUUCACAGUUAAAAAGCUAUUUACAGCUUUUUAUGUACAUGAAAUCCUAACAAGCAACUGAAAUGGCAGACCUUUUUAAAUGUCCUUUUUAUACACUGAUUUUGUGUUUUGAUAACUUAUAAUGUACUCUUCCUGUGAUGUUUAUAUAACCUUUUUGCAUUUUUAGCCAGAGGAGCACAUUUAAUAAUUGCUAAGCAUUUCUAACAAUUAACACUGAUUGAUUGAUUGAUAUGUUAACAGGUGACAGGCAUUUAUCCUUAUUUGAAGAGAGGCAGGUUCAUUUUAUUGGUACUAAGGAGGUUAGCUUUGCUUAAUUGGUAUAAUAUAAAAGCACCUUUACAACAGUUCUGUAUAGUGACUCGCUGUAUAGUGUCAUUAAAUCAUUUCUGUAAUCCUGUAUUUCCAUUGCCUUCCUAAAUUUUAACAUACUUGUGCAUGUGAAAAUACAAUAUUUUGUUAAUGAAGUACAGUACAAAUAAUAUACAUACAAUGUUUAAAUAAUUGUAUCAUAAGUGUUUUUAACUUGAUCAUUACAUAAUGACAUCUAUUAUUGCUGCUUUUUCUGAGUUAUCUACUGUAUAAAUCUGCAUCCUAAGCAACAUUAAGUAGCAAAAUUAUAAUAGUCUUCCUUGUACUUUGCACUUAAGGCAUUGGAUGUGAAACCAGAUGAUAGUUACUGCUGCUAUUACUGUUUCACUGAAUGUACACAAGGCUGGAUAAAUGCACUGUUUUCCAAUGGUAAUAAAUUAAGCUGGCACACGUU